CGCCGAUCCCGAAAUGGUUCCCAAUCUGGUUGCCCUCUUCUACUGCGGAACAAUCGUCGGCUGCGUUCUGCCACACAUCAAAGCGGACAGUAUUGUAAUGACCGGGAAACGGUACAGCAACAGUUCCUACUCGUGCUACGCGCGCCAUACACGCGACGGCCUGGAGUAUCACCUAACCUACAGCGUUUGCGUUAUGGUACCGGAAGUGAACGGAAUACAGGAAGGCCCAACCCCCAGUCAGUGCGUCCACUACGAGUGUUCGAUCACAAGCACCCAUUUGAUGGCUGACGAUGGUCAGCUGAGAUGCAAUCGCUCCGAAAACGCAGCCACACCAACCAUUCGCUUUGAUCCUCUGGACGCGCUCCCGGAACGGCCGUCGGUGCAGUCACGGUUCUUUCGAGAGCCAUCGUUUUCGCUUCCGGUGAACCAUCGGCGUGCGAAACGGGACUUCAAUUGGGUUACGUUUUUGGAAAAGUUCUCGUUCAUGGGUCGCCACCAGAGCACGGUCAGCAAAAACAACGAGGCGUACUUUCACUACAAUUUCAUGAACAAACCGUCGGGAGGUGGGCGGCCGACCGGGGAAGGUCCGAUUAUUACUACAACACCGCCACCACCGAUACAAACAACCGGAACGCCAGUUCCUUAGUUACUUCUUUUUCAAAUUUUCGCUUGUGAGUAGAGGUUUGUGAAAGUAUAAAGUAAUAUCCUUCCAUGCGAAGUUCUUGAUGUCCAUCUUAACACACUAUCAAAUGUUAAUAUCGUUAAGAUGAAGUAAAUGUGAACUUUGAAUUAAAUUUUAGCUAAUGAAACAAAUAGCAUCGCAUUGUUAGGCUGAAUCAUGCACCCAAAGUUUCGGCCU